ACUUCUUGAGGAAAAUCCCGUAUCAGUGACAUCGAUAAUCACACGGCCAUUUCAUAUCGAAGACGUCUUGGAGCUCAUGCCACAUAACAAUCAUUAGCCGCAACACACGUUCCAGGGUCCUACGCGAGUGCGGUAAAACAUAACAUCCACACCCUGUAUGCUUGCUCUUGACUGCUCGAUCUCUCCCGCUCUCAAGUCGGAACCCUCUGAUAUACGUACGUACUUUAAGCUCUGAACACAUCCUCCGUCGACUAGCAAGUGGCAAUGGACGUCGAAGAGAUCCAGCUCCAGCCAUUCCCCAGGACGGAGGAUGCGGAAGUUACAGUAACGGCAGUCGACAGCGCCGCCAACGGCCUUAGAAACAUCCAUAUUGAUGAGGACGAUCAAAAUGAACAAGCUUUGAAUGCGUUGCGGCAGGUUGAGUUCUACUUCUCCGACUCCAACCUCCCGUAUGACCGGUUCAUGUGGACUUUGCAUACCGUCAAUGCCGAUCGCUGGGUACCCAUUGCAACCAUUGCAACCUUCAAGCGCAUGCGUGAAUACCAGCUGCUGGGAUCCCAGUGGCUGAUGAACAUCCUCCGUCAGAGCUAUCACCUGGAGGUGAACGACGAAGGCACGCACAUCCGUCGGCGGACCGAAGUCAAACAGAACAGCGAUUGGGACCGCAGCAUAUAUGCCAAAGGGUUUGGAGCCGACGUGGACGGCCUGCAGCGGGAGCUCGAGAGGUUUUUUAAUCGCUAUGGCCGGACGAAUGCAGUGCGCAUGCGAAGGGAGCAGCAGACGAAAGCGUUCAAGGGUUCCGUCUUUGUAGAGUUUACUGAUUCUCUCUCAGCGGAGAGAUUUCUCAACGCGGACCCGAAGCCAUCGUGGAACGGGCAGGACCUCAUUAUCAUGACAAAGGAGGCAUACUGCAGUAUGAAGGUCCAAGAAAAGGGCUUAAUAGGAAAGGCAGCUAUCAUGCGCAGGAAUCUUGUUAGAGACCCCACGAACAAGAAAGGGUUCAAUGCGUUCCAAACAGUGAAAGCCACCGACAAGGAGGAUGCCACGGCGUCCAAACGCCAGCCCUAUCCGCCAAUCAGGAGUCAGCGCGUGGGCGUCGAGCAACAAGGUGCGAUUCGAAAGUCCAAAAAUCAACCACAAGUGCGUAAGACCGUGAAUCGCGGCAGCAGGCGCUUGGGACGUACCAUUUACGCUAAGGGAUUCGGAGAGGAGGCCGACGGUAUGCAAAUGGCGCUAGAAACGUUCUUCAAUCAGUUUGGUAAGACGAUCGUGGUUGAAAUGAGAAGGAAUAGGAAGACGAAGAAAUUCAAGGGCUCCGUGUUCGUCGAGUUCACCGAGCAUAGAUUUGUGCAGCUGUUCCUUCAUGCGAAUCCUGCACCCACCUGGGACAACCAGCCGCUUUUGACGAUGUCGAAGUCCGCCUAUAUCAAAAUGAAGAUCAGGGAAAGGAAGGAAGCCCUCCGACAACAAGGUGUGAUCGUUACCUGCCGCGACGAGGCCACGAUGGAGACGGAGGAGACUCCGGCUGCGCAAGGGAUUGACAAUGGCGAUGAGGCAAAGAUGAACGUGGAUGUCGGCGCAAAGACUAAGAGGAAGAACCACCACCAGCGGAAGGGUACUCGUGCUAACCUCAAGGAGACGAAACUCAAAGAGCCGCCUCGAUCCUUUCUAUUUUUGGGUCAGAAUGUACCUAUUCAGUUCGGAGAAAAUGGUGUCUGGGUCAAGGAGGAAGAAGUCCCGUCGUUGAAAGGAACGUCGAUGAUGUUCGAGGGCAGCGAUGAGGCCUUGAACUGGUCGGAUGUCAAAAUCGGAAAGGACCCUCAGCUACGCCUGCAGCUUCGAAGGCGCCUUCCGCCCUUUGUCCACUACCGUAGGGAAGCUGGAUCAGGACUGGUUGAUUUCAAAUUGGUCCUGACAGAAGAUGAUAUUGCAUACAUCAAGAAACAUGUCAGGACAGUUAACGGCAAAGAGCUAUCGUGGAAAAGGCUUGACGAACAAUCGGAGAGACAAUUGCAGCUGGCCCGGGCACUUGCCAAUGCGCGAGGAGCAAUGGAUUUCUACCACCGCAAGUGCGAAGCCGCCGCUCGACUGCGCGAACAGAAAGGUGGUGUAGACGCGAUGCAGAUUGACAACGUUCCUCCCAUUUCGGCUCCAGUGGUGCCUGAUAUCAUUCCUGCUGCGUCCAGCAAAUGCGGCGAAAAGCGAAAGCGCAUGGAGGAGUAUGAUGAUAUCGCUGGUGCGGUGGAGCCGGAUUACGAAGUUAGGAUCGUCCGUGGCGUGAAGAGGAUGAAGAUACAAAGCAAGUGAGGACAGGAAUGGAGUCGUGAUCUGAGCCAAUGGUGGGCUUGGACCACUCAUGUGUGCG